AUGUUACAAAGAACAGCCGCUUUUCUGCUUUUAGUGGUGGUUGUUGUAGAAGCGACGACACUACCUGCUUGCAUUACAUGCCCAGAAAAUGGUCAAUGGUCACCUUGGUCAGAUGUGACAACGUGUUCAGCGACUUGUGGCCUAUUUGGAAGGAAAAUCCAGAAGCGAACGUGCAACUCGUGGAUUCAAGGAUGCCAAUGCAAAGGUGUCUACUCGCGUGCAGUUCCCUGUGCACCGGCUCUUUGUCCAAAGGCUCCAUUCUGUGCGGCUGGAUUUACAAAACUUGCAAACUCAUGUCAAAAUGUCGCUCGAGCCAACGACUAUCAAGCGGAUCAAUGCUCAAUCAAUGCUAAACUCAACGUGUGCCCAUGUCCAUCAGGCGGUGUGUGGUCGGCUUGGGCGAACAAGGGCUCGUGUUCGGCGACUUGUGGAUUGUGUGGGACGGUGAAUCAGACGAGAACGUGUCGAUCAGCGCCUUAUGGAUGCCCUUGCGUCGGCGCAACAACUCGAGCAUUGAAAUGUCCAGCGAAGCCAUGUGGCACAGGAGCUGCUUGUUGCAAUUCCCUAUCUGUGGUGAAAAACUUAGGAACAAAUGCGACGCAAUGUGGCCUUCAAUUACCGGCUGAUCCAUUGCUAAGCCCGGCGCCGGCUUGCUGGAUUUCAAAAUGUUCGCAGUGUACCAUGAACAAUCCACCACUUGAGAUCAGCACACAAGAAGGAUCAUCACCCUUCACUGUUGAUGCUUUACGAAAUGAUCCUGAUGGUUGUGUGGUUCGGGUGCUUGUUUGUCCGAAAAAUAUCACAACAUCCUCGUCUUUCAUUCGAUUCAAUGAGGGUGCAGUGAACGAAAGAGAGGUCGGUGGAGGGGGUUCCGAGACGAGAACUUUAUUGAGAUGUAAUGCCACGGGAAAUGGAUGGAAUGCUGUCACUGCAUCUGGAAAACUCAAUACCACAAUUUCCAAAGUCACAUGCUUUCUGGAUUACAAAUAUUGG